UCCAGCAUAACAGUAGGCCGCUGAGCUCCUGCAUGUUACACAUGUGCAGAGCAUCAGUCCCUAAAUGUAAUGCAAGUGUAUCAAAUAAAUCUGGCGUGUUGUUGCAGUUUUUCUGCUGGCAGAGACAUCGCUUUGAAUCCCCCACUGCGUGAGCAUUUUUGUGUGGCAGAGAAGACCCUGUGCCUUGUGCUAGAAGGUACAGUAGUACAGAGCGUUAGGUAUGGGGGCACUCAGCAACUUUAGGCUGUGUCAUUUUAAGGUUUGGUGUACAUCUGUGCCAGAGAAGUUUGGCUCCAGUUGCUUCAGUAAUAAAAAUAGUAAACAUAACCUUUAGUGUCAGAAAAUAUAUCCACCACAAGUGUCUUCUUUUGGCAGUGAGUUCAUUUUGGGUUUUAUAAGAUUUGAAUAUAAAAUCUAACCCGAUGUUGAUGCUAAAAGGAAAUAUCCACACCUCUGAAGAAAUAUCUGCAGUUUAACCUUGUUACAAGGCCGAAUGCUUGCGUUAGUCACGUUUUCUGUUUGGUUUUGUUUUGAUUUGUUUGCAUCUUGCAUCUUUUUUGAACUACUACUUUAUUUUCUUGAGUCUUAAGUGAUUAAUCAACCAUAUUAGUACAAAUUGCUGUUGUACUCCGUGAUAAAAGAAAGGUAAUCUUGGGUGUCCUCUUCGAAACUGUGCUGACUGUAAAAAAAAUUCUGCACUGCUGGGUUAAAGAUGUGAGUGAAGCAUCCACAUUUUAGAAUUUAUAGCUUCUUUGCAGCAAUAUCCAUAUUUGAAGCACUGUAGUCCACCACAAGCUCCUUGGUUUUCAUGAUGUUGACCUUCAGGUGAUUGUUGUUGCACUGUAGGAUGAAGCUCUUUGUCAGUCCUCUGCCCUAUAAAAAUAUUUUCAAAGUGAAUACAGCACACUUCUCACUGGAAAUUGUUCACUGAAAUCAUACAUAUCUAUGUAGUGAUAACUUCCAUUUCGCCAAGAACUACUCUUAACUGCUAUUAAAUUCCUUCUUAGUCAUCACUACAGACGAGUCUGGACAAUCAUGAACUGCAACUUGCAUGCAACUGUGAGGCAGUAACUGUAGUUUGUAGUAAAUUGGCUGUUAGCCUUUAAGUGUUUUAUAAAUACAGUCCCAGAGCAUGAUGUGUUUCCAAAAGUUUCAGCUGUGUGUGUUUGCGUGUGUGCCAAGGGAUACCCUCUCCCCUUUGUGUGCAACUAGUACAGUACGUGAGCUAUGUCACCAGUGGAAACACUCAAAGCCACUAUCCAUCAAGCAUACGUGUCAUACUUCAUGUGUCCCUCAGCUGGAAUCAAACUGAAUGUGCGAUUACAUGUUGUGCACCUUAACUUUAACCACCUACUGGAAUGCAUAAUUUUUUAUUUUGUUAAGUUAUUUUGCUUUAAUUGCAUUUUGGAACCUGAUAACACUGUGACAUGGGACAACCACAACUAUGACCAGUGUGAAGCAAAACAUCAGCAUUUUGUUUUAUUUCUGUAUGAAACAUUGCAACUGACUUUGAGUCUUUUGGUUAAUUUUACAGUAAACAAAUGACAAUUCAAUAUUCAGUAUGUCUGUGUUUUUGAAUGGAUUGUGCAGAUAAAACAUGACUGUUUUCAACUCAUUUGCUCUAUAUUUUUAAAUACAUGUUUUGCAUAUAUUAUGAAUAAUGUAGUUGGUGCCACGUAACUCAUCUGAAAUGGUUCACUGUGUAAUAGGGUGUAUUGCAGUAGUGUUUCCAUUGAACUGUUUCCAGGGAAAAUGCACAACUGGGUCGUGGACAGCUAUAGUAGUGUGGCUGUAACACCAGAGAUUAAGAGGCGUGACAAGCACAUGGUGUGGCAGGGUGGAGAAAUGGCUUAGUAUGGAGUUGUCAACAAAGCGUCAACCUGGGGGCCGUCUCAUAGCCAUGACACUGCAGCGGUUUGAUUUUGUAGAAUCAAAGCAGAUAGAAGUGUUCUGAAGCAUCACAGACGAGUGGAGAGUCUAAGCUGGCACAUGAAGCCAACUAAUGCUUUCAUUACAGAUCCAGUUUGAAGCAUGUACUGUUCUGUCCACUGUGGGCUCGGGCGUUCAGUUCAGGCUCACUGCAUGCAAAAGACUAUUCUGAACCUGACCAUGACCUCCCUGUGGGACAAAGAUAAAAAAGGAAGCUUUGUAAGAGAAUCAGUUCAAUGUUCUGUUAUAAUUAUGACUGACAGGAACUGUUGUGUACUCAUUUUUUUUUUACUGCAUAUGUGUGUAUUUGUCAAAAAAUUUGGCUCUGCUGACACCAUCUUGUUUCAAAGUGAAUAUAAUUUUUGUUCUGUUAGCUACAGGUCUGUGGUCUUCUGUUGGAGCUCUGGGGGCUGGUCUCAGUCCCCCUCCAUAACAGGCCAUGGAAAUUCUGACGUUAGAUGCCAGUUCCCCAUAUAAGCACCUGUCCUUCCACGUCACACCAAGCUCCCAAUAUGAAAAGCGUGUGAUUGUUUUCCGCAUGAGAGUGUGCGUAGAUAGCAGACUGGGAUUAAAUAGCCUCCAUGGAGGUUCUUUUCUCCAUUCAACUGCAAGCAAGAGCUGGUAGGACACGGCACGUUGGGAGCUUCACACUGCGCACAACAGGACAGUAGGGCUUUGUUGCUGCAACAUGGAGGUGGCACCCAGUAUCCACGCAGCAUCUCUGUUGGCAAGUCUGAACCUCCAAAGAGAACGAGCUCAGCUCUGUGACUGUGUGGUCAGACAGAGACACAACCCAGGUCAGCUCUAUCCUGCACACAGGUGUAUCCUGGCAGCCUCUAGUCCAGUGUUGGCAUCUAUCUUGUCCUCUGCUGGUGCUCUGGUGGAACUGCAGGCGCCAUGUUUGUCUGACUCUGUACUGCCACUGGUUUUGGAUUACAUUUACACGGGGGUUUUGCCAUACAGUCAUAGCCAGCAACAGUACUCCAGUCUGCUCACUGCUGCCUGCUACUUGCAGAUGGGUGAACUGCAGGAAACUCUGAGGACUAAGGUGAAUGCUGCAGAUAAUACAAUUGCCUCCGCUGAAGAUGGGAAUCAACCAUACAGAGAUAAUAAUGAUACUUGUAGUAAAACUGUGAACAUGUUUAGUAAGUAUCUGCCAUUAUCAGACACCUACGAUGCAGAUUCACUGGAGAGAGAGCAUCAAUACUGGGAUGAAUUAGAUUCAUGUAGAAGUAACAGCAAAAGUGUGAGCCCUUUAAGCAAUGUAAGUACCAGCUGCAGCGGGGAUAAAAGCACUGGAAGCAGCACAGAUGUAGGUAACUGCAGACAAGUAACUUACUUGGCACCCCAGGAUUUAAUUCAAAGUGUCCCUUGCACUACUGAAGUGCAUGAGGUGUCUAGAGGGGACAAAGAGGUGCAAAAGGAUCACUUUCAUUCUGCUGGCACUAUAAAACCAGAGAGUUGGCAUGUUGGCACAGAGGAGGAGCGAGUGAGAACAGCUGAGAGCAGAGGGAGCUUGUUUUUACUGCCCAAUGCUGAGAUGCAAGAGGAACAGAAGAGCAGAGUGGAGAAGACAGUGGAAAGUAAAGCAGAGGAGAACCAAACCAACCAAAAAGCAGAAGAUAACCUCCAUCACUCCCCGCUUCUUUGCGUCACAGCCUCCCAUGUCAAGGACAGUGUUUCUCCCUCAAGAUGCCCCCUCUCACCCGCUCCUUCAUCAUCGCAUAAGUGCUGUGGGGCAGUGCCUGUUAUUCGUCACGGCAGUACAGCUGCUAUGGCAGAGGUGUCUACAGUGCCUCCGUACCAUACAGUGGCCUGGGUCUCAGUGAGCUCUACCAGGGCCCCUUACUCACAAUCAGGAAGCACAUAUGAUGACCGAAUUGGUGAAGGUGUUAUCACUAAACACAAAGAUCAUUAUGGGGCACCCAAUCAGCAUCACAGAAACAAUGAAGACCACAUUGGACAACAGAAUUGGAAUUACAAGAAUAGUUCAGAUCAAUGUGCAAUACAGCAUUUAUGUUAUAAAUCCCAUGGCAUCCUGAAACAGGAUUACAACGGCAGCGGCACAGAACAUGAUACAUAUAUGGGUAUUGGAUUAUCCCAUACUGCAGAUCAUGAUGAUCAUGCUCAUAGUGAUUCAAUUCAGAAUCACCCAAAACAUCUUACAGAUCAUUCAGUCCCGCCAAAUAAAGAUUGUAGCAGUUUUAUCAGAGGAUUUAAGUAUAAAACUGAUUUCAGUUUUGAUCAUUUUGCCUCCAAAUAUCAAAAAUUGGAUUGCUCUGAUUGUCACAAUGUGUCCAUGACAACUCCAGCCCUUCACUCACAAGAUCCAAGAGCUGCAGUUUCACUUCUUGAACAGGACUCAGACAAAGGAAGUGACACUCACCAUGAAGAUUUGUAUCUUGAGGCAGAAGUGAAUAAGGAACACAGUUACUCUAGUGUGUCACCAGCUCAGAUGGAUAGAAAGGACAGCAUCUGUGACCCCUGUGGAGCUCAGGAUGAUUGCUGUCCAAAUCUGCUUAGAGCUGAGAUGAGCACAAAAGAUGCUGCCUCUAGCCAGCAUGAACGUGACAGCAAAGACACAGCUAUGGUUAAUGUUGUUGGCCACACAUCUCUGGAACAUGAAAAUAUCUCUGAGCCUCAUGAAAUGUUCACAGUGCCCACGGACGACAACGUGUCAGGCCCUAUGUAUAAUGUUGUGGGGCAGUCAUACCAUGGACAUCUUCACUAUCAGUGCCUGCCCCAGGAGAACACACUCUUACCACGCACAGACUCUGAUCACAGACACUCCCGUCCUACCCAGUCUGAUCACUCAGACCAGUGCAGUGAUGAGGAGGAGAUUGAUACCUUUGUCAGUCCAGGUCUGAGUCCUCUGAGACAGCACUUUUCAUCUACAGACCAGGUCCUACUGCUGGAUAUUGGUACCAAACCUGCAGAAUUGCUGGUGUCCUACAGGCACCGGUCUGAAGAACGAGAGGACACAUCUGGAAAUGGGCUUGUGGUUGAUGAUAGAGUGCAACAGCAUGAAGUAACAUCUAUAGCAGGGGCUGAUGGAACAAAAAUUACAGCGAGGACCAAAUUUGGGGAGAGGUUGGAUGAGGCUGGGGCUAAAACCUGGACUGUAGAAAGAAAUGGUGAAAAAAGAAAAUCUGUUUGUAAUGAGAAAUGCAGACCAGGACCUGAGGUCAUCCAUAAAGCUGGUGUCAAGGAGGGAGCGAACCAGACCACCAGCUUGACACUCUGUUCACUUCCUAGUGUGCCAGACUCCAUACAGGCUCCAGUGUCAACUGCCUUGUCUAGCUGCAUACCUUCUACCCUUUCAGCCAGCAUGCCAGCAAAUAUAUCAGCUCCUCUGUCAGUUUCUGUUCACCACCCUUUCCAGUGCUCUCUGUGCGAUCGUUCCUUUAGCCAGCGAGGUUCUCUGAAUAGACAUGUGCGGAGCCACCUGGGCGUACGGCCCUUCCCCUGCCCGCGCUGCCCUAUGACUUUUUCACGCCAGUACCGUGUCAUAGAGCACAUGCGUGUUCACCAGCGCUGUGUCCUUGGGAAUGACAUUCAAAAUCCCCCUGCCUCUUCAGUGUGAGAAAAUAAUCACUGAAAGACAAUAUUAUUCAAAUGUGUUUGUGGUGAUUAUGAGAAUCUGUAGUUACGCCCUCCAUUGGCCAACAAUAGGAAUGCUGCAGUUAACCCUGAUAAUGCUGCAGAUGAAAUGAGGAUGAG